AUGCUCUUCUUUCAACUGAUUCAAUUGAAGGAAGAUGGAGUAGAUCCCAUGAUGAUGAAUUACAUGCAUUCAAAUAAUCAAAAUGCCCCUUUUACCAAUCCUCCGAAUCCAAAUACUUCAUCCCAUGCAACAACAACAACAUCUACUACGCAACAUCAAGCCUUGUCAUCUGCGCAGGCAUCAUCUUCUCUCGUAGGAAACGCUGGAAAAUCAGGAGUGAAUAUUAUUCGUAAAACUCCUUCAAAGAGUGGGCGAGCCAACGCUUCAUCAUCAUUAUCUUCAAAUGGUGGCAAUGCUCAACCGACAACAUUCUUACCACCCAACGUGGGAUCCUCGAGUAGCAGUAACACAAAUUUUGGAGGAGUCUUGUCUUCCUCUCUGGCACCAGUUGCUACUACGAUGCAAUCCACGGAAUCAUCCAUUCCGCUUGUGCAAUUACUUGCUACCUUACCCGAUGCAGAAGACAUUUAUCAGAGAAUUUUAGUCUUUCUUCCAUACACCUCUGCUUUGAGAUUUAGUUAUGUUUCCAAGUAUUUCAAUCAAUUAGCAAAAAAGCAUUCUCCUUAUUUAUUUAGCAUGAGUCAAUUUGUGCAAUGGAAUAAUCAAGUUUGUGCUCUCAUGAUGAACAGUACUGAGAAUACAGAUUCGAAUUUGUCGAGUGACCUGGUCAAGAUGAGACAGACUAAUUUCCUGAGAGCAGUACACGUCAUUGCACGAAGUUGUAGAAUUCAAUUAUUGCUCAACGAAUUAUUUCACAAAGAGACGAUUAAUAUUCAAAGUGAAGAUACUGUCACUACUCUUGACAUGCCUUCAGUUGGAGUGUACAUGUGCAUACCAUUGUCAUCAAGAGUGGAAUUCGCAAAAAAACACAAAAUGGUUCGACAACUUAUCGACAACAUUUCGCUCCAAAAUAUUUAUUAUCAAGAGAUGUGUACAUUUCUUCUUGGAAAGCUUCAAAUUAUUGAAUUUGAGCAAAUCAAAGGAGAAGAAAAUUAUGGAUUUUCAUCAGUUAUUCAACUCAUACCUGAUCUUCAACAGUUAGAUCAGAAGGUUUAUAUUCAUCAAAAUUUGAUGACAACCACUCUUCAAAACCAAAAACAAAAGAAACGGGUCAUCCUCUAUCAAAUGUCGAUUGGAACUAAUUCUUCAAAAUAUGCUCAAUUUCUUGGACUGUCUGGUGACAUGACUCCCAAUGAUCGCCAAACACUUGUAAUUAUGGCAGGAAGCAAAUACGAAUUUAAUGAUAUCAUUCUGUACAAGCUGUGUCAACUAAGUGGAGUAAUCACCAACACAACAUCAAUGUCCGUCACAGAAAUGUUUCAAUUUCUAGCCAUGUGUGGAACAUUAGACACCUGUCAGGCUGUCAUAGAACAAUAUUAUACCUACAAGAGAAAUAAUUUACAAACAUUCAGCUCGACGCCACAGAAAUUUGAAGUGUAUCCACGAGAAUCAGACACUGAGCUUAAAAGUUUUGAUUUUGUCGCGUCACUGUUUUUGAAGCAGUACAUUUUCGACUUGACGAACAUCAAAUCAACUAAGAUUUACCUGCUAGACCUUUUAAUUAACAUGUCAAAUCAACUUCUUUGCGAUAUUCAACUCUCAUAUUUACCUAGAAGAUUACUUAAUUAUCAAAAGAACACAUUAGAAUAUGAAAAGGCGAUACGGUCAAUCUCAAAUGUUUUUGGCAGAGAGGUGAGGUUUCGAUUAUUGGGAUCUAAUGCCGAGUGCACAAGCUACAGCGUAUUGAGACUGGCAAUUAUUCCAACCUUGGCAAACAAGCUACUCAGCCCAACGAACAAAUCUCUAUGUGAACUUGUUUUUAAUUUUGUUGGAUUUACCUCAUUUAAAUAUGUUGGAGCCGAACAAGAACGAAAUUUAAGAUUAACUGUACGAACCAGCAACAAGAAGUUGGCAUUCUUACUUGGAAUUAAGGAAGAACGGGAUGUCGUGGUGUUGAACAAUCAAACAGUCAACACGAGAAUCUUGAAAAAUUUGACUGAAAUACUUCAAUUGAGCUGGCCUGAAUCUGAAUUGCUCUUCUUCUUAUUGGCAGCAUGUUCCUGUAUUGCAACAACACACUUUACUGAGUCUGCAAAAACUGCCUUUGUUGAGACCGAGUGGAACACAGCCCAGAAAGAAACAUUCCAUCCAUCGAUAUAUUAUAUUUCUGAGCAACUCAGUAAGAUAUUGCAAUGUCCUAGUGUGAUCAAUACUGAAGACAUUUAA